GCGCUGUGUUUGCAUUGGUUUUCGAUUGACUUCGUAUUUUCGUUAUAUGUUAAUGACGGUAGAUCCCCCUUGUGUCCGGAAUAGAAACGUCAAGGUAAAACAGAACAUAAUUUUGUCGCAUCCAUGUUUAGUUGAAGAAGUUUUUGAUUGACUUUGAUUAUCUGUUACUAACCGUAUUCAGGAUUUUGUUUAAUUUGUAAUUCGAAUUAGGACUAUAGGUCCGUCGCUCCAUUGAUCCUUGUUGUGGUUUGCUUUAUUUAUUCUAGUUUGAAAUAUCAAUCGUUGACCAUUCUGUGGGAUCCGGGAAAGAGUGGUCUCAACUUGUGCUCACUCGAUCAUGAAUUUGAACGUUUUCCGAUUUUUAUUGAGACGAUCGGUUUUAAACGGAUCAAAAUUUGGAGGCGUGAUAGCACAAACGUUGCCAUAUGAGAUUAUGAGUGGUGGAAAUAUCGCUUUGCGUUCUACAACAAGGAAGACGUAUUUAGACGUUCUGAUUAGUAAAAACAAAAAACCCUGUUAUCACAUUGUUGAGCACUUUUGACACGUGCCAGCACAAUAAUUGUUAGUAAAUCAGGACAGAGUACUCGGUAAUAUUGGUGUCGGUAGUGUAAUAAGUUUAUCAUUCAACUUCUUCGGGCAUGCUGACUGCCUCUUUGUCACCGACUACUAACAUCCCUAUAGUCAGUGAAAACGGAAAUCUACGUUCACGAUCAACAUCUCAACAUCUUCGAGGUGAUCGUUCUAGAAUUGGCUGUAGUCAUUUAAAACUGUCAGCUCCAAGUGCAGAUACAUUGUCUGAUUCACUAAGUUUAGCAACAACUGCGACAGAAGGUACAAUAGGAGAGGUGUGGGAACAAAGACAGUAUCCGGUCAUGCCUUUAGGAUGUACUGUGCUAAAAAGCCCGCCUCCAUCAUUCUUAAAUCUUUCUAAUCAAGAUAAGCAACAGCCUUCAGAAAAGGAUCUUUAUGAGUUCUUAAAGGAUGCAGAACUAGACCACUAUUACUCCGUACUUACUCGUCAUUUAAAGAUACGUUCAGUUCAACAAAUCAAAUAUGUUGAAGAUUCUGAUCUUGCAGAACUAGGUUUCAGUCGACCAGAACAACGACGUUUACGGAAACAUUUCAAACGAGAAUGCCCGCAAACUGCUAUGGGAAAGCUAAGAAAGCGCUUAGCUCGAUCUACUAGUGGUCGAUGUUUAUCACCACGACUCAAAGAUACAUUAGAUGGAUUAUCAUCUCGUAAUCUCAACGUAUUAUCCAUUUCAUUAGAUAGUACACCAACAUCUGAAGAUGGUGAUUCAAAACGACGUACACUAUUACUUACACAAAAUUCUAAAGGUCAUGAUGGUAGUAAUAAGUGUUUGACAGGCAAUUUGAAUAAUUUAACCAUUAAUGGAAAUACAAAUUAUCGGGUUAUUCAAUCGAAUGAACUUGAAAUUGGAAGUAGUCUUGGUGAAGGAGAAUUUGGAAAAGUUUUUCAGGGUGUUUGGCAUACAGAUGCAAGACGUGGUUUACAAGUUGCUAUCAAAAUUAUGGAUAUUAAACAAAUGAAUGAAGAGGAAACAUGUGAUUUUUUGAAUGAAAUAUCAAUUAUGCAUAGACUAAAUCAUCCAGAUAUUGUUCAGCUUCUUGGUGUGUGCAUUGAUGUGAAUGUAAUAAAAAUUGUUACUGAACUUGCUCCACUUCGCUCUCUACUAGAAUGCUUACGUGAAUCUGAAUUAAGAUCCAGUUUCUCUGUUCCUGUUUUGUAUAAAUUCUCAAUACAGAUUGCUCGAGGAAUGAGUUAUUUAGAAGAAUGUGGUCUAGUACAUCGUGAUUUGGCAGCUAGAAAUGUUCUAGUAUUUUCAAAAGAUAUUGUAAAAAUUAGUGAUUUCGGUAUGAGUCGUGCUCUUCAACUUGGCAAAUCAUAUUACCAAUCAAAUUUCAAUGUUAAUCUUAAACUUCCAAUUGCAUGGUGUGCACCAGAAUGUAUACAUGAUUUAUUAUUUACUAUACAUUCAGAUAUAUGGGCUUAUGGUAUUACAUUAUGGGAGAUAUUUACUUAUGGAUUUACACCAUGGGCUGGUCUUACCGGUCGACAAAUAUUAGAAAUGAUCGAUACACCACGUUUUGGUCGGUUAGAUCAACCAGAUGCAUGUCCAGAUCCAAUUUACGAUGCUGUGAUGCGAGCAUGUUGGGCACAUGAACCAAAAGCUAGACCAACAUUUGCUCAAUUACUAGGUAUGCUUCCACGUCUUAGUCCUGAAAUUUGGAUAACCACAAGUGAAUAUCGUCCUGAUACAGAUUCAAAUUUGGAUACAAUUAGUACAUCAGGCGAAGAAUUCCCAUAUAAUCCUGGUUUUCGUCCACAUGGAACACGUUCAUUAGGUCGUCCAUUGUUUAUUAGAGCAAAUGAAACAGUGUGUAUACUUGGCAAAAGAAGUAGUAACACAUGGAAAGUGGUAAAUUUGCGUACGGGACUUGUAGGUUGCAUUCCAUCGGGAAUUUUAAAACCAUAUAAUUCCCCUGGGAAUGAUUCAUCUGUUACCCGCGAUCGUCAUACACUAACUACUAAUAAUACUGCCACAUCGUCACCGAAUACUAUGGGGUUGGUAGCGAAAACACGUUUACGUAUGAGUCGAAGAGCUUCAUUAACAGAUUUGGCUUUACGCAAAACUGUUUCUCGACUUAGCAAAUUCAGUUUAAUCAAUCCAACCGAUAACAAUAGUAGCAAUAAUAAUAAUAGUAGUAUUAGUAGUAGUAGUGGUACAUCACGUUCACGUAUAAAAUUAACUGCAGAUCAAAUAAGUUCACCACAAAAUGAUUUUCGACAUAUUGGUCAUGUUGGUUCAGAUGGUCGAACAUUUGGUGACAUUGGUUUAGUUAGUAAAAUGAUUGAUUUGAAUGAUAAUCUCUCUGAUUCUCAAUCAUUUCACGAUUUUACUGUAUCUGAGGAAAAAUACAAAUCCAAUAAAUCGAAUACUUUGCAAAUUAAUCCUUCGAAUAUUAAAACUUAUCAAGAAACAACAAUGAAACAUAUUUCAUUACCAAUAACAACCAACACAUCAAUAAUUGGUGGUUCGUCUGUGACAAAAAAAUUUACAUCAAAGAAAAACACUCAAACAUCAAAUACUCUCUUGACUACUAAUUACAAUAAAUCUAUGAAUAAAGAUGAUACAGAUUUAUUAUUCGAUGAUAUCAAAUUCAAUGUGAUCUCUGAAUCAAAUGGGUUAGAUUUAGGCUCAUCAUUACUAGAUGAAGUAUUCAAAUGUUUCCCAAUAGAAAAAUCUACUACCAGUGACAAUAUGAAUCAUAAUGCUGAUGGUGCUAAAAAGUUAAAUGGUGUGACUACUACAACUACUGCCAUUACUACUAAUAAUGGUGAUAUUAAAGGUCAUUCUAAUUGUGACGAUUCGCUCCAAAUGAAUGGUUCUACAAGGUCGAAUUCAAUUGAUUAUUUAAACAAAGAAUCCCACUAA